GCGGCGGCCGGGAGGGACAGCGGGGCCGCAGCUGGGGGAUUUAAAUGGCGCGUCUUGGCCCCCGCAUCCGGCAUCCCCCCCUCGAUCCCACCGCCACCUCCCCCGUCCCGCUCUCGCUUAGCUGGCCUGCGAGCCUCGAUCUCUCCUCGCGCGUGGCCGGCCAGGCGGACUGAGCUAGCCGGAGGCCGCGGCGAUGGUGGGGAGCUACGCCAACGGAGCAGGACUGGGGAAGAAGGGCGCGGCGGAGGGGAAGCUGGACGAGCUGCGGCGGCGGCUGGGGAAGGCGGAGGGGGACCCGCUCCGGAUCGCCGGCGUGGGCGCGGGGGCCUGGGGGAGCGUCUUCUGCGCGCUGCUGCAGGACGCCUACGGCCGCGACCACCGCGACAAGGCGCAGGUGCGCGUCUGGCGCCGCCCGGGCCGCGCCGUCGACCGCGCCACCGCCGAGCACCUCUUCGAGGUCAUCAACGCCCGCGAGGGCGUCCUCCGCAGGCUCAUCCGCCGCUGCGCCUACCUCAAGUACGUCGAGGCCCGCCUCGGCGACCGCACGCUCUACGCCGACGAGAUCCUCCGCGACGGCUUCUGCCUCAACAUGAUCGACACGCCGCUCUGCCCGCUCAAGGUCGUCACCAACCUGCAGGAGGCCGUCUGGGACGCCGACAUCGUCAUCAACGGCCUGCCCUCCACCGAGACCAGGGAGGUGUUCGGGGAGAUCGGGAGGUACUGGAAGGAGAGGAUCAACCCGCCCAUCAUUAUCUCGCUGGCCAAGGGGAUCGAGGCGUCGCUCGAUCCCAUGCCUCGCAUCAUUACCCCCACACAGAUGAUCGCCAAUGCAACUGGAGUUCCAUUGGAGAAUAUUCUAUAUCUCGGAGGCCCUAACAUUGCUUCUGAAAUCUACAAUAAAGAGUAUGCAAACGCUCGCAUCUGUGGAGCUGACAAGUGGAGGAAGCCUCUUUCUAAAUUUUUGCGGCAGCCUCAUUUCAUCGUAUGGGAUAACAGUGAUCUCGUUACACAUGAAGUCAUGGGUGGCUUAAAGAACAUAUAUGCCAUUGGUGCUGGUAUGGUGGCAGCACUGACCAAUGAGAGCGCAACAAGCAAAUCAGUUUACUUCUCACUCUGCACGUCCGAAAUGAUAUACAUCACCCACCUCCUAGCGGAAGAGCCUGAGAGACUUUCUGGACCAUUAUUAGCAGACACUUAUGUUACGCUGUUGAAAGGUCGUAAUGCAUGGUAUGGGCAUAAAUUAGCCAAGGCAGAACUGACUCUGGAAAUGGGGGACAGCAUCAAAGGCAAGGGGACUAUACAGGGUGUCUCUGCAGUCAAUGCAUUUUAUGAACUCCUGAGUCAAGGCAGCAUAAGUGUGACGCACCCAGAAACCAAGAAGCACGUUGCUCCUGUCGAGCUGUGCCCCAUACUCAAAACACUUUACAAAAUUUUGAUCAAGAGGGAGCUUGGUACAAGUUCCAUCCUUGAGGCGAUACGAGAUGAAUCAAUGUCCGAUCCACGGGAAAGAAUCGAGAUGGCACAGCGCCAGUCCCUCUACCGCCCGUCUCUCCUCGGCCUGCCUAAAGUUAAAUAAAUACAGCCUUUGUAUAUGCAGAAACGUCGCGAGUUUGCAGGGUUUGUUGAUCCUUCUGGCAGUGCACCGCAAGUGCGUGUCGUUUCUUUAUACUUCAUCCAUCCCAAAAUAAGUGUCUCAACUUUAGUGGAACUUUUUACUAAAGUUAGUACAAAGUCUGAGACACUCUUUUUGGCAUGGAGGGAGUACAUAAUAGUGCUGAGUAUGGAAGAGUUCUUUUUUUUUAGCAAGGCGAGAUGAACUUCUUGUGGUCGAAGUGGAUGCCCACUUGUACAUACAACCCUUGAUUCAAAUUCAAUUGUACGUGUUGCUUUGAUGGGAAGAGACUCUCUUCCCAUCUAUUUAUAAGUAGCUCUUUGUCACUGCUUUAGAUGAGUGGCAUCUUUCCUGUCUUCUACUACUUCAGAAGAAACAGAGGACACCUGUAGUCCUGUAUAUGCCUGUGACGGGUUCGUCACAAGUUUUGCUCUUUUGGAGAGCGUGCUAGUUUGAGAUCCAUUUGUAAUCCAAUGCUUGUAUGAGGUGUCCCACUAUUCAA